UGCCAGGUGGGAGUGAGGACAUCGGCGCAGGAGCUGGAACCAACUGGCAAGGAAGCAGCAGCAGCAGCCGCAGCCGCAUUCCAGUACCAGCCCCAGCCCUAGCCCCAGGCGCAGCAUCAGCAGCAGCAGCAGCGGGAAGGUGCCCCGAGCAGCCUCUGAAUUUCCCCACGUUCCCAGCCAGAGCGAGGGCGCCUCAGUUGACCCAGCGGAACCCUAGACCGUGAGGCGGUGGCCGCGGGCGCCGUUGGCCGCCGGUGACCCCUGCAGCCCCCCGCGGGCCGCCCCUUCCCGCUCGCCCGCCGCCCCGGCAGCAGAUUGGAUCCCCCGGCCGGCGGACGUCGGGCCGCGCCCCGGGGGGAGCCGUUGGUUCCCAGCCCGCCCGGCCCGGGGGGCGUCCGUGCCUGCACGCCGCCGCCCGCCCCCGGCGCCUCCCCAGAGCCGGGUCCCGGGCCGGCCAGCAGCCCGAUGGCAGCAGCGGCGGCGGCCGCGGCAGCCAAGCCGCCGGAGCUGAUGGGCAUCUGCUCCAGCUACCAGGCGGUCAUGCCUCACUUUGUGUGCCUGGCCGACGAAUUCCCGCAGCCCGCGCGGCCCACUAAGCUGCCCCGGGGCAAGGGCAAGCUUCGGCGGCCCCGCCAGUCUCGCUUCAAGACCCAGCCGGUGACAUUCGACGAGAUCCAGGAGGUGGAGGAAGAGGGGGUGUCCCCCAUGGAGGAGGAGAAAGCCAAGAAGUCCUUCCUGCAGUCACUCGAGUGCCUGCGUCGGAGCACCCAGAACCUCAGCCUGCCGCGGGAGCAGCUCGGUAGCUGCAAGAUGCGGAACAGCCUGGACUCUAGCGACUCGGAUUCGGCUCUAUGAGACUGCACCUCCCCCCGCCCCCAUUCCGCUCCCCAGCGGCGGGCCGGCCGGCCCGGCCAAAGACUUGACUUGGCCCCAGCCCUGGGGGGCUGCCCACCGAGCCCCUGGUCUCUGCUUCUAAACCGGCCAAACUUCGAACUCAUUGCCCUUCUCCGGGCACUUACCCAGUGCCGGGACCUGGAGCGAGGCGGGGCAGCUGCCCGGGCUAGGCAGUCCAGGGGGCCAAGGGAAGGGCUCCUCUUCCCCCUCCCCUCUUUUCUUCUUUUCUUUUACUCUGCCCAGUACAAACCUUGCUGUGAACGUGCCUGGUUCUAGGAGUGGGGAGGGAGAGAGAGAGAGAGAGAGAAAGAGAGAGAGAGAGAGAGAGAGAGAGAGAGAGAGAGAGAGAGAUAUUGAGAUUGGGACAUUUUCUAGGAAAGCCGCUGUGUACUUGUCUCUGAUUGUAGGGAGCUCCAGUUUCCAUCUAUCCUCCCCUUCCCUGCCCCCCAACACACGGCACCCCAAUACUUUUCUACCAGCCCGCCGCGACAGAUGGGACUUGGGCUACCGCGAAGCUUCCGGAGUCUAUUUAUUUUUGCAUUUCAAUCGUAAACCGCAUUUAUUUAAUACUCUUUCUACCUGGAUGUGUCUGUGAGGUUUCCAGAACAGAGAAAUAAAACCAUAUAUUUGCACAGUG